UCGAAAAGAUUCGACGCUUUGGGUGUAUAGAACGUCGUAGAGCGCUGGAGAUAAGAAAGAAAUAAAGAAAUCAACCUUCCUGACACGAUUCCAUCGUUACUUAUGUACUUAAAUUUCUAUCCUUUAAACUAGUGUUUAUUCGCUCCCCCUAUUUUUCGAUUAAUUAAUAUAUUCCAAGCUUACCCUUCAAACCCAGUCAUUGACGAUUAGAGGUUGCUUCAAUUCUCCCCUUUUAAUCUAAUCUGCUGCCGUUUUUCCAAAAACUUUCCAAACUCGUCUCUAUUCCUCGUUGAAAGACGUCUCUAGACAAAUCUAUCAAGAGUAAAUCAUUUUAAACCGAUCGUCAUUCUUCAGAGCGGUCGCAGGCUAUCACGGCAUAGACGUCAUCGAUGGGAAUCGUGAGCGUGCAUCGUUUUCACCUAAAACUAGCAUCCACGGGGACGAGGAGCGUGUCCUCCAGGGAGGAGGAAUUGUCCCGACGUCACCGAGGGUGGGUGGUUGCGAACGAGGAGCUCGUAAACGUGGUGGUCGUCGAGCUACACACACUACCAGCCAUCUAGAGCAACGGAGAGAGGAACAGAGCGAAAGACGUGGGAUAGCCAAACGCUGGCCAACGUAGGCAGCUCGGCCAUCGGUAGGUGGUAGUUUGCGCUUCGCGGGUGGAAAAGCGGGCGCAAAUGCUAAUGAGCCUCGGUUUACGGGUAGUAGCCGGUGGUAGAGGGGGCGAACGAUCGAAGGGUGAGAGGAGAAGGGUGUCGAAGGUCGAUGGUGGUCGACAGGGAUGCGGAGAGGAACAGGAAGGCAAGAGGGCGUAGCGGAAACGCCUACGAGCCGCUCGAUUGGCCGGCGUCCGAAUGGCGUCCUGGGGGACGCGUGGCGUCGCGACGCCGACCGUCAGCUACCACCGACCAGCCACCUUCGUGCACCCCCUUCGGUGCUCUCGUCCUCGGCGACGAGGUCGACGCGAGAGCCGCGUCGUCGCGCGAGUCUUCUCCGCGAGGAUGGAGCAGCUCGCCCAGUUCGUUUCCAAGAGCUUCGACAACGCGGCUGGCGAACACGCGCCAUGCAGGACAACCACCGAACGACCUCCGUCCGCGAGGAUCACCCUCAGUGUCGCGCAUUUGCUCGGCGAUUCUGCGGAGAACGAUGGCAAUGUCGGUGCAGGGACGAGCGAAUCCGCUCAAGAUCCAUCGAGCGUCGAGGCGAGCAGCGUGGAUGAACCGCCGUCGCCGGAAGGCCGCCUCCAACCGGAAGAUCUCUCCGUUACGACCAAGAGCAAGGAGGCGAAAGACGUGGUUAACACCGUGGACAGCCUUCCGCCUCUAAAAACACCGGAAUUAAAGCUCUCCGUAAGAAAAUUGCUAGGAUGCAGUCCGUCGCCACCACCGAUUUCGAGAGAUCGAUCAGCUAGCCCCGAAAAUUGUGUCGAAUUGAAAAGUCAAGCUUCUAACGAAGCGAAAUCGUCGGAUUUGAAGCUACAGUCGCAGGUUUCGAGGUCUUUGAUGCAGGGACAGGAAGAAAGUACGAAAGGAUCGAACUGCCGUAACAGCGGAAACGGAAACGGGAAACAGAGAAGAUCUCGAACGAAUUUCACUUUGGAACAAUUGGCUGAAUUGGAAAGGCUGUUCGACGAGACGCAUUAUCCUGACGCGUUCAUGAGAGAAGAACUGAGCCAGAGACUCGGUUUAAGCGAGGCGAGAGUUCAAGUCUGGUUUCAGAAUCGACGUGCCAAGUGCCGCAAACACGAGAGUCAAUUGCAUAAAGCAGGUGGAAUGGUGCUGGCUCCUCGAAGUCCGCCAGCGACCCUGGAACCGUGUCGAGUGGCGCCGUAUCUGCCGGCCUUGAGGUUACACCCCCCAAUGCAAGGUGCCGGUGGCAACAUGACCACCGCGGCAGGUUCUGCGUUCGACCCAGCUGUCCUCCAUUACGCGGCAGCCGGCGGUCUUUUCUGUCUUCCACCACCGCCGCCACCGCCACCGACGUCCAGUCAUCCGCACCCUCAUCCCCUGAGUUUGGCGGCUUCGUUGGCUGCGGCCGCAGCACGUUCCAAAAAUAGCAGCAUCGCGGAUCUGAGGCUGAAGGCCAGACGACACCAGGAAGCACUGGGACUCGACAGGCCUGCGUAAAACGAAAAAACUCCGACUUCGAAGUCGACUAACAGCGAUUGUUGCUGUUUCCUUGCACGGUGGUGAGUAUGGUAUCGUUCAGAGAGUUUCUCCGUAUGAUUCGUUGGGUUUCGAGGUUUAUUCGAAGAUUAUUUCGACGAUAGGAAGCGUCUUCGAUCUUGCAGAAUAUUUUCUUCUAUUCGCUUUUUGGUGUGAGAAGUAACAGGAGUGGUUUUGAGGGGAAAAGUUUGAGAUCGGAUAAAGUAGAUUUCUUUUGGAAUUAUUUUAGAAGAAUAAAGUUGAUCGUAGCCGACUCACCACCGUUGUGAAACUGUGCAGGUGAAUAUUGAUUCGCUUAGAGUAUUUGGCAAGCACUUGACUUCUUGGUUGUCGGGUGUUAUCAAGAUACUCGCUUCGCGUAUUAAAUUUUCUAACAAUAACGAAGAUGUUCUUCUCAAGUAAAUCAUCUUGCAUUCUUUUGUUUUAUUUAAUUUUAUUACAUCUAUCGUAGCUAUUUUUUGACGAUUUGGCGAAGCUCUGCAAAAUCAUGAUGCAAGGAUACUCGUCAGCGAGACAGCUGCAUCAGUUCGUGUCCGAGAAGUACAAACGGAGACUCGUUGUGUAUAAAGUGAACAAUUUCCGGGAGAAGUGUGUAUUAUACAUAUAAUAUAAAGUAUUAUACAUAAAUAUAAAUAGUCGAGGGUCAGUAGUAGCUGGGCUUGGAAAUAACGAGUCGGUGAGAAGUUGCAUCCGUCGGAACGGUCGAAAUUUCUCAUUCCGAGACGAAUAAAUUCUUUGUAUUUCGAUUUUUAUUUUCUUCGUUGAACCACGAAGUGAAUAUCAACGAAAUUCUGAAAAUGCAUGGAACGAUGUUGUAGAAUGAUGGGUGUGAAAAAUUCAGAGAUAUCGAUAGGUGUCUAGCGUCUCCAGACGAUUAAAACGAAUUCGGCGAUGGCGUGUUGAGGAUACAUGAUUGUUCUUGAAUACAUGAUUGUCACACUGUAUACUAUUAGCUUUAAAAUAUAUAAACUUAAAUCUUGUGCGAGUCGUG